GUAAGUUCCUUGUAUGCAGUUUGGGAGGCGUAAAGCACAGUGACUUGAAAGAUUAAAAAUCCGAGAGUUAAGUGACGGCAGGCUUAUAGGCUGUUAACAGAAGUUUCGUCUCCAUUUACGUUUAGUUUAGAUCGAGGGAUGUUUUCCAUAGUGUGUGACAUUCACGAAAAAACUGGAGCGUGAGUGAUGUGUUAAACAUUUUGAUCCGUCUAACAAACUCACCAUGGCGUCUACUGUGCCUCUUGAUAGGGAACUGAGACGCCGGUCGUCAUCCGUGGAACCCACAGCCACAGUACCGGCUACAUCAACGUCAUCACUGGCAGUGACGACUGUAAAAUCGGCCUUGACACCAACAAAGUUACCAUCAUCAUCAUCUUCUGUUUUGAUGUUAUCGCCAAUGAAACCCCCGACCCAGAGCCAUAAACGACGCUCGACGUCUCAAACAAAAACCGAAGAAGAUGGACAACAGCCGAACAGCAAACGUCGUCGCCAUAGCAACAAAAGCCACAUCAGUAUUAACAACGGAACAACCAGUAGCACGAAGGAGGACAUGUUUGAGCAUUAUCAGCCGUGGGUGAUACAGACUUACGGAGACUCCGCGAAGACGAAGACGAUCUCGCUACGAAAGUACGCGCGCGUGCUCAGGACGCUCAGAGGAGAGGAGAGUAAUUCGGUGGAGAAUUCAAAAUUUCGGUUCUGGGUGAAAGCUAAAGGAUUUCGAAUUGGUCAGCCCCCAGGAUAUAUCGCGAAGCCUGCUGACGCUAUUGUCGGGAGUCAAACCUUGUCUGAUGACAAGGAAGGAGGCAACAAGGAUCCGCCCCUCUACGUCCCCACGGCAACUGCAAAGGACGGGCAGGGGCGAGAGAGGCAACUGUUCAAGAAAGUGGCGGUUGUGGAGAACUUCUUCGACAUCAUCUACAGCGUCCAUGUUGAAAUGGAGGGGAGAGCGGGAAAGCACGCAGGACAGAAGCGGACGUACCGCACGAUCACGGAGACCUACGCGUUUCUACCCCGAGAGGCGGUGACCCGCUUCCUGCUGGGUUGCACAGACUGUCAGCGUCGCCCCCGGUCUCCUUCUCCAAUUACUGCAGCCAACGCCCUCAAACCCGCCCCUAGUCCUAGUCUUGCACACACCCCAUCAGACGUAGAACAGACACCCCUUACACCCUCGACCGAUUCCGAUAACUUCACCCUGCCAUCCCCUGUCACUGUGAAAUCCUCCCCUAACCCAACAAAUUCUCGACGAAUGAACAACCAUCAUCAGCUGAACAAUAAUCAUCACAACAACCACCACCAGAGAGCCAAUUCCACACCUAUGACACUGAAAUCUAGUGUUAAUCACCAGCGUCUUAACAACAAUAAUCAUAUCCGUAACAACAAUCACCUAAAGAAGUUGGUGGAACCGCCUGACAUCGAUUUCAGUCUCCCCAUCACGACCACAUACCUGAAGCACAUGCGCAGUCUGGGCUACACUGACGAGGACGCCCUCAAAAUUGACGUCGAGGACAACGUGUCCACCCCCGAGCCUGAUGCUGCAGAUGACGACCACUUCCCAGGACGUAAUGGUGAUAUAAGGCUGACUGACGAUCGAGAAAUGGCAGGUGAUGAUGUGGCUGGACUGUGGACGGGUUACCAUAACGCUUUGGGACUCAAGAAAUCCACACCUCCGGGCUCCAGAGAACAGUCGAGCCCACUACUUCUAGCCCAAGAGACUGGCUCAGCCCAUGAUGAAACAUCGUCCAGCGGAAACAAGGAGGAUGAGGAUGACGAUGAGGAUGAAGGGGAAGACAAAAUUGAUCCGCAACAGUAUGACCCAGAGCGCCUCAAGGCUUUCAAUAUGUUUGUUCGUCUGUUUGUGGAUGAGAAUCUGGAUCGCAUAGUGCCAAUAUCGAAGCAGCCCAAGGAGAAGAUCCAGGCAAUAAUUGAUUCAUGUACUCGACAGUUCCCAGAGUUUGCAGAGAGAGCUCGCAAGCGAAUCAGGACAUACCUCAAAUCAUGCCGCAGAAACAAGAGGUCCAGGGAGACCAAUGGAGCCUGGGAUGCUACACGGCCCACGCCUGCACAUCUUACCUCGGUGCAGGCAGAGCAGAUCCUGGCUCAGGCUUGUGAGAACGAAAGUCACAAUGCCAAGAGAAUGCGCCUGGGCCUUGAGCCUGUCAGUCAGCCACUACCUCUGCUGCCAUCCACCACUACCGACAGUCGUCCAGCAUCCAUGGACCACUACUCAUCUCCUGUUGUGGUGGCGACCGAAGCAGCGACUAAACCUACCCUCUCUACCACUGCCACCCCCACGAUCAAGUCUGAGCCCCCUUCACUUCAUCCUGUAGACGCAGGUCUGUCACCAGCAUUCAGCCCCGCAGCUUCCGUGGGCACCAAGAACACCGUGUCCUCUGUUGAUGCAAUGGCCAAGAGUGUGAACACAACAGCUUCAAUUGGAACAACAGUUAAUGGGAAUGGUACAUCAGCUGCACCUACAGCUUUGUACAGGCCCAACUUCAGCCAAGCCUUUCAGCGUGCCGCCGCUACAGGACCAUAUGCCAAUCCCUUGUUCCCCACCCCCCCAUUUGGUUCUGGGGGUAUGAUAAGCAAUGGGCCAACAGAUCUCAGCAUGAAAACAAAACCUCUGCUAAGCCACAAGCUGAACACAGCAGAAAUGGCGGCAGUGCGGCAACUUAUAACAGGUUACCGUGAGUCAGCAGCCUUCUUGCUUCGUUCUGCUGAUGAGCUUGAGCAACUUCUGCUUCAGCAGCAGUAAGGUGACCACAGUAGCUUGCUUAAAUGGCAGUGAAUACAGAAACAAUGAAGCUAGAGGCUUAGUGACAGAGUGAGUUUCCUACACACAUAUUGAGGUGUUCUGUAUCACUCCAACAUUUUCUUGGUGAUGUUUCUGAAAAAGCAAAGAACCUGCAAAUUGAAGACUGAAAUGAUUCCUUCAUUAGUGACAAAAACAAGUACACACAUAACUGUCAUAUGUUUUUCUGCAUUCGUGGACUGGUGCUGAAACGCGCUGCUUUCAUCUCCACCUGAUGCCAUGUCACAAAAUGCAGAAUUGUUUAAAAGUCUUGAAGUAUAUUUGCAAGUGUGCUGGAAAGAUCAGUGGUGAAUCAGACAAGUUUAGAGCAUCACAGGCAAUGCACAGAUGCGCAGUUAUUCAGUUUAUGACAUAACAAAGUUCUCUAUAUGAUGGGUGAAUGGAAGUUGUCAGAUUGAAGCACAAGAGAAGUUACAUGAUUCUAGGUACUGCCAGUCUCAAAACUUGUUGUUCAUCAGCGAACUGUGAUGAGAAUGUGACAUUAACUGUUCAUGCCCAGUGGCAGUCAGCCUCCUCUUUCUAACCAGCAAUUCCAGCAUGGCAUAUUUUUUCAUUUCAUAGAAGCAAAGCUGUAACCAUAACAAGCACACAGUUUUUCUUGUAAGAUGAAAAUGCAUGUUCUUGAUUCCAUGACAUCUUAAAAGAAUGUGUCACCUACAGAAGGAGUAAUUAAUUUUUGCUGUAAGUUUUGUGUUUGUCUAGUGUUAUUUUAAAUUUUACUUCACAUAUAUUGAUAAUAGGAGAUACAAAAGUUCUGUGCUAGAAGUUUGUUUCUGUCUUUUCUAUUACAAUGGAAUAAAGACAUUUUUACUGUUUCUCAGAAUAAAUGUUGCAUUGAAAUUACGGAUCCAAGACAAGACUGCAUGUAAGCACUUACACAUAGUAUUCCUAUGUAAAGUUUGAUGGGCAAAGCCUUUAGAAUAACACAUUUAUUUUCACAUUAGAAUAGUAAACUGGAGUUGCUACUGGACACAUGUUGAGAUGCGAAUGAAGAUCUAGUUCAAUGGGUUAUGUACCAGGGCUUGAAACUGGAUUUCAAUUUGGCCCCUCAUAUGAGCCCUAUGAAACUAUAACAAAGAGUAACUGGAGAUUUUGUGUGUCUUUUUAAUGAUAAUUUAAAUUUUAUUGGUGGAGCCAAGGGUGGAAACUAAAUACAUAAAAUUUAACUGACGAAUUAUAUAUCAGUAGAAAAUUUAACAUUUAUAAAUAUAUAUGAAUUUAAAACAAAUUAAAGUGAAUAUAUAUAUAUUUCAAAUUGUAUUUUUUCUCCUCUCACUUUCGUGUUGAAAUGUGUAAUUUUUGUAGUGGAAGUUGAUCGUACCAAAGAGGGUGUACAUAAUUAUUAAUUAUUAGCAGUGUUUUAUAAUAACUGGACCACAUCUGCCAUUCUGUCUAUAUAUCUCUGUCCAUGUACUGCAGUUCACUUCAUUUUAUAAGGAGAGGAUUCAUUAUUUUCAGAUGUGUGUAUUCUAGUUUUCAAAGUACAGGAAAAUGCUUCUGUUUGCAAGGUGCAAACACAAGGGAUAAAUAACAAAAGUGGAUGUCCAGUGCAGUUACUGAAGCCUGGAGCUUACUUUCAGUACUUAUUUUAUUUUGCAAGGUGCAAGAAUUGAGUUGAAAUGAAACUUACGAAAGUGCAAUUUUCUCAUAACCAAAGAGGAACAUUUAUUAAUAAUUUGGUUAAAGUGCAGGAUGUUAAUUUCAAAGAAAUGUACCCAAUUCUUGUGGGAAUGGGUGCUCUUGGAUACAGUUAAUGGAAAUGGAUUUGAGGUACUAGUCUCUUAAGACAAAUUCUUGACCGUAGAAUAAAUGAAUAAGAUCUGCACUAAUCAUUAUGAAUGUUAUUAUUACAACAAUAUUUAUCCGUUGCCCUUCUGUGGACAGUUUUUACAUGUUAUUUUUAAAUGUCAUUGUUAAAAAUUUUCCAGUUACUGUAAUGCUCUCAUCCUGUACUUUCUGAAUGUGCUUAAAAUUACUUGAGUUUUUGACAGAAGUUGAAUUAAAAAUGCGACUUACAUAGUUUAAGUGUUGGAAAGAUGAUUAUAUAAGGAUACCGCCAUAUUAGUAAAUAUGCUGACACACGGGUGCCUGAGUGAACAUGUUAGCAACAGUUACUUCAAAAGCUGUCUCAUGUUGGUGUUCCAACAACAUUUGCUGUAACUACUACAUGUAAUUUAGGUAGUUUGAUGGUUGGUAAUAUUGAAUUAUCGUCAUGACAAAGUGCUCUUCUUAUGCAGUACUUUUUUUUUCAAGUAGAUGUGACAUAAAUUAUCUCCCCUGAAGAAAUGCUCUAAAAUGCGAAUUUGAAGUAGAGUGUAAAAAACUUAUUCUCUGAUUAUGGAUUCAGCAUAUUAAACAUUACAGAGUUAUUUUUAUGCAGUAUCCUUGGCUGUUAAUAACAUUUUUAAUGCCGGAGUGAAAAAAGAUAAACAUUUUAAAAUGAGUUCCUUUUAGUGAAUGUACGUAUAGGUAGAUCUGUAUUUAUUUGUUGGCAACAAAUUUAUUAUAUGUGGUGAGGCCACAAGUUUUUGGCAAUGCCUAUCACGUAAACUUUGUAUAACUGCUUCAUUCAAUUCAAUUCAACUGUCAUAUUUGCUGUAUCUUUGUAUGUAAUGUGCUCAGAUUUUAACAAUGUUUUCAUAGAACACCGGAGAAAUUCUUCUACCAUACAUGUUUCAAUAGAAGUGUGGACUGGUCCUUCCUUAAAGGAAAUGUAUUAGUACCUACUAACAAUUAUAAGACAGGCUAUUAUUUAAAUUGUAGCAAUUAGUCCACCAUUUACAGCACUAUUAUGAAGUAUUUGAGUUUGCACCCUACAUACCAAUUUAAAUAAGACACAUUUCUUCUACAGAAUCAUGAAGGACAUAGCACUUCAAAAAGAAAUAAAAGUCCCGUUAUAACUAUACCUCUAGACGCUUGCAUAUAUUUGAUUACUUACAUUUAUAAGUCCUAUGCAAGUGCCUGUGUGAGUUGCUGUUUGCCACAGUGUUGAACUGAGCAGCUGUGGUAAUUGAGAAUAGAUUUUAUUUUGAUGUUCUCCAAGUGAAAUGUAUGAUACGAGAUCACAUACUAAAUAAUGCUCACAACUCUUACAGACUCUUGAAGUCUUGAUACAGAUACAAAUGGA